GUGGAAGCGCUGCGUGAGCGUGACAUCAGCAUCGCGAGCGCGCUUGACACUAUUUGGCUCUGCAUAUGCGCAAGCAUUGCUGCUCUGAUGCACGGCGGGUUUGCCAUGUUGGAGACGGGCACCUGCCGUGCUAGGAACGCAUCAAAUCUUCUAAUGAAGAAUUUGUUGAACGUUUGCGUGGGAACUUUGGGCUGGUGGCUUUGUGGAUGGGCAUUUGCGUAUGGCGAGCUGAACUACGAUCUCUUUGGGACAACCGGCUUUGCUGGUUCCAAUCUUGUACAGUCCAUGGAAGGGCGUAUACUGCCAGUUGAAAGCUGUUCUAACGAAUCAUGCCAGAGCAAGUUGUUGCAGUGGUUUUUCCAGUGGGUAUUUUGUACUACUGCUGUGACUAUUGUAAGCGGUGGCGUUGCGGAAAGAGUUCGAAGUGCCACAUAUGCUGGCUAUGCAUUCUUUAUGUCCACGAUCAUUUAUCCUGGUGUUGUGGCUUGGACCUGGGGUGGUGGCUGGCUGUCCUCUACAUUGCAGGUUGGCUUCACAGAUUUUGCGGGAAGUUGCAUUGUGCAUGUGGUGGGGGGCGUUGGCGCCCUCACAGGUGCCAUCGUCCUUGGGGCCAGACGAGGUCGCUUCGAAGACCCAGCAGCAUUUGAACCACAUAGUCUUCCACUUGUUGUGCUGGGCACUUUGAUGCUCUGGUUUGGCUGGUACGGAUUUAAUUGUGGCUCUACCCUGGCUCUUCAUGACGAUGUCAGUGCUGCUGCUGCGGCGCAAGUAGCUGUCAACACAACCCUUGCCCCUGCUGCCGGAGGUAUCACAGUUUUUCUUUUUCGCUUCCUGCGCUCAAGAAAGUACGAUGUCUGCGGUCUUUGCAAUGGAAUCCUUUCCGGUUUGGUGUCAAUUACAGCAGGCUGUGCAAACAUGGAGUGCAGCAGUGCCUUGGCUGUGGGCAGUAUUGGUGGUUUGGUUUAUCAGUCCUUUUCCAUGGGCCUGCAGCGACUGCAGAUUGAUGACCCUGUGGAUGCAAGUGCAGUUCAUGGUGCUUGCGGUGUUUGGGGUGCGAUGGCUGCUAUCCUGUUUGAUUGGGGAGAAGGAUUUAGCCACUUUCACGGGCUGAAGGGUUUCCAAUGCUUUGGUGCAGCAGGCGCGUGCGAAGCAGGUCUUGUUGCCAAGGCUCUGGCAGCACAGUUAAUAUUCGUCACUGCGGUUCUAAGCUGGGUUCUCUCCCUGUCGACAAUCGUCUUGCUCAUAUUGGCCCUGAGUGGCUACCUCAGAAUCGAGCAAAGCACAGAGGAGCAAGGUAUUGAUGCAGUUGAGCAUGCACAGACAAAGGCUUAUGACAUUGGUGAUGAGGAUGUGGGAGAAAUCGUGGCAGUGAAGACUUGCGCAGAUUCUCAUGCCGAGCUGCUGUCAGAAAUGCAUUCGCUGCAGCUUGAAGCUGUUGGGCGAUUGAACACACUGAAGGAGCGUCUUCAUGGGAGAAGUCUUCAAGUCGGCGAAGAGAUGGAAGCACGCCUGCUUCAGGAUGUGCAGGAUCUUCACCAGGUUGAUGACAGCAUUGCCAGAGCUGCAGACAACCUUUGGCUUCUGUUGUGCGGUUCCACAUUAAUGUUCAUGCACAUAGGCUUUGCGAUGGUGGAGUCUGGAACAUGCCGGGCACGAAAUGCUUCGGAUGCUCUCAUCAAGAACAUUCUGAGUCUCUGUGUUGGUACCUUGGGCUGGUGGUCCUUUGGCUGGGGAUUUGCAAAAGGUACCUUGUUCCAGGGGCUCCUAGGCACCAGUGGCUUUUUCAGCUCCAACCUUACUUCGACAGGGCCUGGCCAGCUGGAAAUCAAGGCAACUUUGGCUUGUGAGACGAUUUGUCCAACAAGUCUGGCACUUUGGUUCUUCAACUGGGCAUUUUGCACCACCGCCUCCACCAUUGUCAGUGGUGCCGUGCUUGAGAGGACAAAGAGCUCAACAUAUUCAGUCUAUACGUUCCUCAUGUCAGCUUUUCUGUAUCCGCCCAUUGUAGCAUGGACUUGGAGUGGAGGCUGGCUAACAAACCUUUUCGAUGUCGGAUACACGGAUUUUGCUGGCAGCUGCAUCGUGCAUGUCGCAGGUGGAAUUGGAGCUUUGGUGGGUGCUGCCACACUGGGGCCCCGACUGCAUCGUUUUGAUAAGCCCGAUACAUACGAGCCGCACAAUUUACCAAUGGUCGUUCUUGGCACUCUGUUCCUUUGGGUCGGCUGGUAUGCUUUCAACACAGGAUCCACAGUGGCCAUGCACGAUAAAGGCACAGCAGCGCUGGCUGCACAAGUCGCUGUCAACACAGUGCUCGCAGGGUCUUCAGGUGGAACAACUCUAUUUCUAGUCAGACUUGCAACUACCAAGAAGUAUGAUGUUACGGGAAUGUGCAAUGGUAUUCUGGCUGGCGUCGUAUCCAUAACAGCUGGCUGUUCAAACAUGCAUGCUGGCAGCGCGCUGGUGGUUGCUGCAACUGGCGGGAUAGUCUAUGCUGGGUUUUCGUCAUUGCUGAAGAAAUUGAAGGUAGAUGACCCGGUUGAUGCAAGUUCUGUUCAUCUCGCUUGUGGGGUUUGGGGUACGCUUGCUGCAACGUUGUUUGACUGGGGGAGCGGCCUCGACUAUUACCACGGACGGUAUGGAUGGGCAUGUUUUCCAAGUAUUAGCUCCAAUGGUCUGCCUCCUGCUUGCCUGACAGGCGUUGUAGGGACAGCCCUCAUCGUUCAGCUGAUCCUCAUCCUGUGCGUUGUCGUUUGGAUUGGCUUGACCUCUUGGGUGAUCUUCAAGAUUCUGACGGCAGUUGCAGGCCUUCGAGUCAGGGAAGAUACAGAGGAGACUGGCUUGGAUGCUGCGGUGCAUGCACAGAGCAAAGCCUAUGCUAUAGAGGAGCGGGAAAGCCCCGAUUCGUGGCGUGUUUUAUGGGCAUAA